AUGGAGAAGCAACUUAAACUCUUGAACAAACCGGCGGUCAAAACAAUUAAGACUAUAUACGGUGAUACAUAUGAUUGUGUGGAUUUUUAUAAACAACCUGCAUUUGAUCAUCCGUUAUUGAAGAAUCACAACUUUCAUCCUCAGAUGAAACCUAUUUUAUCGAGGACAAAGCAAAAUUUAGUUACAUCAUCAACUAAUCAGUCGUCGAAAUUAUGGUUAAAUGGAAAAGGUUGUCCUUCUGGAACAGUCCCAAUUAAAAGAAUUACAAAAGAUGAUCUUAUCAGACAAACACAUAUGCCACCGCCAGAGGAUGUCACAUUUGAUGUUCAAUUGGUUGCGGUUGCUAUAGUUCGGACUGAAAAUAAUCCAAAUAAUAAGUUUGCGGGAGCUCAAAUGGCAGCUAGUAUAUGGAAUCCUCUUGUUAAAGAUCAACAACACAGUGCAUGCCGAUUGAAAAUUCAAAAAGGAUCAGAUACUAUGCAAGUUGGUUGGAGAGUGGACCCAACACUGUAUGGAGAAAACAAAACUAGGCUCUUUAUACAUUUUCAAGGGGGUAACAAACACUGUUUCAAUACACUAUGUCCUGGUUUUGUUAUAGUAAACACUGAGAUACCGGUUGAUAUGGUAUACGAUCAAGUUUCACAUCGUGGAGAUAAAACUUCAAUGGAAGACACAAUGUCCAUCGGUCGGGAUCUGGUGAAUGGAAACUGGUGGCUUUUCCUUGAAGAAAAUCAUAUUCAAAUUGGUUUUUGGCCUCAAGGGAUUUUCACUGACUUGACUAGCUUUGCUACUAAUGUCGAAUGGGGAGGAGUGGUAUAUAGUCCACCAGGUGUACCAGAACCUCCAAUGGGCUCUAGCUUUUUUCCUGUUGAAGAGACUAGUUAUGAUGCUUAUUGUAGAGGACUUGCAGUUUUAAAUGAUAAUGGUGAAACUAUUGAUGUAGAUAAAACAACUACACAUGUCGAUAAUCCAAACUUAUACAAGGUUGUUGACUUACCCCAUGCGAUACCGGGAAAGUUUCAGCAUUUUGUACUCUAUGGGGGACCUGGUGAGAAUGCAUAA